AUGACCGGUCUGGCCCCCWGUCUGGCCCAGCUCACAGCCUACAUAGCCCGGCAGGCAGCACGGAACGAACGCACCAAAUACCUCCAGGUUCUCGCCCGGCCAGAGCAGGGUCCCGGACCGCGGGAUGGAGCCCGCGGCAAGGAAACCCACGCCGCGGGCACACACCAGGGGCUGCGGUCCCCACGCAAAGUUCAGGGCUCCGAGCACGGUGACAGGAACCUCCCCGGGGCAACUUCUCCGUCGGGGCUACCCCGCGGGGCGCGCCUGGCGUGCGAGCCGGGGAGGGGCACGGCCCCGCAGAGCCCGGGGGGCGGCCGGUGCCUCACGCCCCCGCCCGGGACCCCGCUGGAGCGGCCGCCGCCGGGGCGCCGCCUCCGCCCGUCCCGUCCCGUCCCGUUCCGUCCCGUCCGCGCCGCCCCUGCCCCGCGGCCCCUCCGCCCCGCGGCGCACACGGCGGGGACGCUUCUGCACUUUCCGCCCACUCCCCCGUCCCCCCCGCGCCGGAUUUCUCCGGGAAUCACCCACGCGCGACCCGCCCGCUCCUUCCGGCCGUGCCCCKCUCCCCCCGGCCGCCCCGCACGAAGGGAGGGAGGGAGGGAGGGAGGGAGCGGCCCCCGCCCCCCGCGCACGCCGCCCCCUCCCGCGCGGUCACAUGGGGAGAGCCCGCGCGCGCUCCGCCGCCCGCCCACGCGCGGCCGCCGCGUGACGCAGCGCUCGCGGGGGCGGCACCGGCGGCGGCAGCGCCCCCCAGCGGCCGGACCGCACCGGGGCCGCGACCGCGACCCUUCCCCCGCACCGCCUCCGCCCCCGCCCGCCGCUCCCGAUCCCGCAAUGGAAAAACACCCGCGAACCGGACCCGGGACCCUCCCGGUGCGGACACACCGCCCCGGGGCCGGCCGAGGGGCACAGAGCGCCGGCCCGGCGUGCCGAACGCAAAACCGGCGCGAAAGUGCCGAGUAG